AUGUUAGGAACACUCGUGUCAUCUUCAUCUUCCACAUUCUUAUCUUCUUCACUCGGCAAGUCUUCUUCUUCUUCUUCGCUCUCUAGAUCCUCGGUUCCUUCGUUUCCUCGCUUAUCAGUCCGAUCAAUGGCCGAUUCUGCUUUCAAGAAAAUACAAAUCCAAAGAGAUGACACUACGUUUGAUGCGUAUGUGGUUGGUAAAGAUGAUGCGCCCGGGAUAGUUGUGAUUCAAGAAUGGUGGGGUAUUGAAGUUGAGAUCAAGAAUCACGCUAUUAAAAUCUCACAGCUUGACCCUGGUUUCAAAGCCCUUAUACCUGACUUGUAUAGAGGAAAGGUUGGUCUUGUUGCUGCAGAGGCAAAGCAUUUAAUGGAUGGCCUUGACUGGCCAGGUGCUGUCAAAGAUAUAUCUGCUUCUGUUAACUGGCUUAAAUCUAAUGGCUCCAAAAGGGUUGGUGUGACUGGAAUGUGCAUGGGAGGUGCACUAGCUAUAGCUAGCUCUGUUUUGAUUCCAGAGGUUGAUGCUGUUGUUGGAUUCUAUGGAACGCCUUCCUCUGAGCUUGCAGAUCCAGCACAUGCCAAGGCUCCUAUUCAGGCUCAUUUUGGUGAGCUUGACCAUAUUGUUGGUUUCUCUGAUAUCACGGCAGCAAAGAAUCUUGAAGAGAAGCUGAAAGCAUCGGGAGUAGCACACGAGGUUCACAUUUACCCGGGGAACGGGCACGCUUUCUUGAACAGGAGCCCUGAAGGAGUGAGCAGAAGGAAGAGUUUGGGAGAUUCUGAUGAUGACGAAGCUGCGGUGGAGCUUGCUUGGUCUCGCUUCAAUACUUGGAUGAAACGUUACUUGGUUUAAGCUUUUCCUUUCUCAGAUACUAGUGUUGAUGCAAUUCCCGGAACAUUGUGUGAUGCCCAAUGUGGUCUUGAAUAAGGACAUUGCUCUUAGGAUUUUUAUCUGAAUCAAAUAAAAGUGGUUUGUAUGUUUGUGUAGAUACGUGUUUGUAUGAUUAUAUUUCUAGAAAUUAUGAAAUGAUAGUGUAUAUGAAGUUAAACCUUAUUAGUGUAAAGUCUG